CCCUGCUCAAGCUCCUCGGCACUCUUCCCACCCACCAUGUACCAGUUGCUGACAGUAAUGCUGUACGCAGCCCUCGAAGCCCUGGGGGGACGCACCGCUCUGGCCGUCAUCCAGGCCCAACAUCACACAAACCAGAGCUGGGGCCUGCCCAACUUCUUGGCCCAUCUGAAGCGCUUGACGUCAUCCAGCAGCAACGCAACCAGCGGCACGAGCCGGGUGCGGCCCUCAGAGACGUGCCAAGGCUACUACGAUGUCAUGGGGCAGUACGACGCAGCGUUCAACUGCACCACGGGGGGCUACCGCUUCUGCUGCGGCACGUGCCAGUACCGCUUCUGCUGCGAGGACCGGUCCAGGAGGCUGGAGCAAGGGAAGUGCCGUGACAGCCCGCAGUGGUUUGCCACCACCGUUGCCGGCUCAGCCACCAACGGGCCUGAUGUGCCAAACGGAAGCAAGCAGACAGGCAACAGCACCGUGUACGUGAUCUGCGGGGUCAUCAGCUUCACCUUAGCCGUGGCAGUGGGGCUCAAAUUCUUCUUCAGCAAAGCCUCAAGGAGACCGCAUGGAAGAGAGCUCAACGUGCCCAGGGCACUGGUUGACAUUCUCAGGCAUCAAGCAGGCAGCAGCUCGUGCUCUGAGCGCAACAACAGCCUUGUCAUUAACUCAAACUUCCAAGACAACGGCUCAGCUCGUCCCCCGAAGAACCUGUACAACACAGUGAAACCGUCCAAAAGCAGCCAUGAUAACAUGCAUCAUAAUUACAUCCACCUGAACGUCAAUAGCCCCAAGCAUCACACGGCCACUCUGGAUUGGCAUGUGAACCACACGCCCAGCCACUCAACCACGAAGUACAACACCCUCAGCUGCUCUCGUUCUUUCCACAAUCUUUCCCAUCUGCCCCCGUCAUACGAGACAGCCGUCAAGUCAGAACUUAACCGCUAUUCUUCACUCAAGCGCUUGGCAGCUGAGAAGGACUUGGAUGAAUUCUAUGCCAAACGGAGGCAUCUUGCUGAACUGACCCGAGGGACUCUGCCCUUACAUGCCAUGAAGAUGAACUACGACACGGAUGCUUACUCCGAGAAAUCCCACAACCCACGGCGCGUCAUGUCACAGGAACACAUCCUUUCAGAUGGUGGCGGUGGCGGUGGCGGUGGAGGGGGAAGCUACCGCCCAUCUCACUACGACUACACUAUUCCACGAGAGCGUGUCAUAUCUCACGAGCACCUCCUCUCCCGCGAAAACUUGCACUCUCAGGAGCGCCUGCUGUCUCCUGAGCGUCUUCAUCAGCGCACAGGUCCCUUCCAGGAGAUGCACCUGGGCCACCAGAAGGCCCUCUCUCAGACCAAUGUCUGCGCCAGCAGCACUCCCAUGCAUGAGCACCACCACGUGAUGAUGAAGAACUCUCACCCCACCUCCAACAAUUCCCCCAAGGCAUCUGCUCCUUGGGAAGGCAGUACUAGCCAGGCUGCCACCCGGCGCCAAGGCUUUGCAGCCAAGAGGCAAAGCACCAUUGAUCAAGUCCAGUUCAUCCCUGGGCACCACCCUACCCAACACCUCCCUACUGGCAGCAAGAACGAGGUCACCGUGUGAGAGGCCCCUAAUCCCCAACUCAGGUUGAUUUGACUUUUCAAGGCCAUAUUUCUCUACCCUUUUCUGCUCCACCCCACCCUUUCUUUGGUGCUCACCAUCUUGGGGCUCCUUUUGUUUUUUUUAAAGCCCUAUGGCCUCCAUCUUGGUUGAUGUCAAGUCCUAGUCUGGUCUUUGAUAAUGAUACCAUCUCAGUCUUCACUGGCUUUUGAUGAUGUCCAACCGACCUGCCAGGUCUUGACAAUCUUUGAUGAUGAUGUUGGCUGUCAGUAUUUAAUGACAUCAACACUAUGGCUCAUGGUCAAGAUGCAAUGGUGUCAAGGGCGGCUUGGUUUCUUAGAGGAAACCUGCUGCACAAUCUUGGUCAGUUUCUGAAGAUGUCAAAAUUAGUAGGUCUCAUGUAUUAGAUUCUGCUGCUAUCUCUUCCCAUAGUCUGUUGACAUCACUGCUGUCCAGAUCUGAUUACAUCAAGGCUGAAAGAGACUAGGCCUGUGGAUCCUUCACAGCAUCAAUAACGUAGCCUUGGUGAUAAUUUUGGGUCAUGUUAUAAUUGCCAGGUCCCAUCAGUCUUUGAUAACAACAACACUAGUGUUGUCCGUCAACAUUUGAUGGCAUCAUUUCUGUGGGCUUUGUCUCAGACUUUUGAAGACUGAAGACAACUGCUGUGGAUUUAUUAUGAGGUUGGCAAACUCUGUCUCUGGUACUCCAAGCGCUGUGAGCAUUGCCAACCCUUGUGGAUGCUCCAUUGACCAACUGACACCAUCAACAACACCAAUGGUGUCAACACUGUGGACUCUGUCAGCUGCAGAUGAUGUAAGCGCUGUGGGUCUUGUUGACCUCUGAUGCCCACACCAUCAACAUUUGAUGGUGUCAACACUGUGGACCUUUGAUGACAUCAACAUUAUGUGACUUGUCAGUUAUAGAUGAUGUCAAUGGAGAGAACGUUUUGUCAGUAUAUUGAUUGUGAUAUAACCCAUCAGGGCAUCACAUGGACUGAUGAUGUCAGAUGUGUAGGUAUUGUCAAUACUGUAUGAUGUUGGGGCAAAACAGUCGUACUGAUGUUUGAAAAGGCCUUGUCAACCAUUUGAUGAUAGUACUGCCAAUCUUGAUGAUUAAGAAUGAUGUCAAAGUUCCUGUGCCUGUCACCUAUUGAUGAUUUCAGCACAAUGGAUUCAGCCAGUAGCUACCAAUAUCAAAAGUAGCCAGGCUCUGCAAUGAUGUUGACUUUUAGUGACUUCAUCACUGUGGGCCUCAUCCACCUUUGUUGACAUCACUGACUGCUUCGAGCUCAUCCACUUCAAACGAAGUCACCUCCUUGGGGCUUCAUCUGUUUUAUGGCUGGGAUCAACACCUUGGACCUAGUUCAUGCCAGCACCUUUGUAGGAGGGCCAGGGGCAUCUGGCCCUACUGGUGCACAUCAUGAGGGCAUAAAUGAUCUGAUGGCAUGGCCACACCAUUUGUUCAUGCCGUGGCAAAGCAAACAGAUGUGAGCCCCCUCCCUGCUCCUUCCUGACAUGCACUCCAAGACGAGAAAAAGCGGGUCAUGGUGGGCAGCCCGCUUGUCUUGUUGCAUCUAAUAUUUGAGUUUGGUCACUACUUGAAGGUGCAGGAAGUGGGGUUUUACACAACACACUGCCCUUUGCAACUCUCAUUCCACACAUCCCAUCCUUGUUUUAUAACCUUGCCAGGACUCUGCCCGUAAGGGAUCUAGGGCAGGGUCAGGUCUACCCUCUCCCUGCUUCUGCUGUACAUAUCUUUAUAUAUCGCUAGCACUCUGUCAAUUUUUCUAGUGCUUUUUAUUUACCUCCUAGUUACUGGGGGUAUCCAUCAAUGCCUGUUCUUUGGUUCUCGUGAGUGUAGCUUUUAAAGGAGUCUCGGCUCUUUCAAACAUUAUUCUGAUAAACAAACUUCCCACUAUCCCUCCCUUUCCUUGCCCCCAAUUAUGCUCAGGACUCUUAAAAACUUCACUUUUACAUCUUCUUUCUAUUAACUUUUCUGAUU